AUGUCCAUCUCCAACGAGGCUCUACAGAAGCUCGUUCGCGAGAUUGAAACGCAGGCCAUCGUGGCCCAGCAGCAGAUCUCGCUGGUACGGACGCAGCAGGCGUCGAAGCAGCGCGAGCUCCGAAUGGCGCAAUUGACACAGACUGAAGUCUCGGCACUGCCAGCUGAUACAGGUGUCUAUGAAGGCGUUGGCAAGAUGUUCGUGGCCCUGCCCAUGUCGGGCCUCCAGGGCAAGCUGGACACGCAGAUCAAGGAUGCACAGAAGGAGGUCGAGAAUCUAGGCAAGAAACUCCAGUCUCUAGAGCUCACGCAGAAGAACAGUAAGGAGCACAUUGAUCGGAUGCUCAGGGGAGGAAUGGGCGCAUGA